CGGUCAUCUGACCUAAUGGCACACCAGCGUGUUCACACCAGGGGGCGGCCAUUCACCUGCACAGUCUGCGGGAAGGGAUUCACUGCAUCAUCCAACCUACAGAGACAUCAGCGAGUUCACACUGGGGAGAAGCCAUUCACCUGCUCAGUCUGUGGGAAGAGUUUCACUCAGUCAUCCAACCUACAGAGUCAUCAGCAAGUUCACACUGGGGAGAAGCCGUUCACCUGCUCAGACUGUGGGAAGAGUUUCACUCGGUCAUCCCGACUACUGGCACACCAGUCAGUUCAUACUGGGGAGAAGCCAUUCACCUGCUCAGUCUGUGGGAAGGGAUUCACUCAGUCAUCCCACCUACUGAGACAUCAGCGAGUUCACACCGGGGAGAGGCCGUUCACCUGCUCAGUUUGUAGGAAGGGAUUCACUGAUUCAUCCGCACUACAGAGUCAUCAGCGAGUUCACACUGGGGAGAGGCCAUUCAUCUGUUCAGUCUGUGGGAAGGGAUUCACUCAUUCAUCCCAUGUACAGAAUCAUCAGCGAGUUCACACUAGGGAGAAGCCGUUCACCUGUUCAGAAUGUGGGAAGGGAUUCACUCAGUCAUCUGACCUGCAGAGACAUCAGAAAGUUCACACUGGGGAGAAGCCGUUCACCUGCUCAGAAUGUGGCAAGGGAUUUACACUGUCAUCCUACCUACAGAGACAUCAACGAUUUCACACUGGGGAUAAGCCAUUUACCUGCUCAGUCUGUGGGAAGGGAUUCACUGAGUUAUCCACACUACAGAGACAUCAGAGAGUUCACACUGGGGAGAAGCCGUUCACCUGCUCAGUCUGUGGGAAGAGAUUCACUGAUUCAUCCCACCUACAGAGUCAUCAGCGAGUUCACACUGGAGAGAAGCCAUUCACCUGCUCAGACUGUGGGAAGAGUUUCACUCGGUCAUCCCAACUACUGGCACACCAGUCAGUUCAUACUGGCGUGAAGCCAUACACCUGCUCAGUCUGUGGGAAGGGAUUCACUCUGUCAUCGACCUUACUGGUACAUCAGCGAGUGCACACAGGGGAGAAGCCGUUCACCUGCUCAGACUGUGGGAAGGGAUUCACUCAUUCAUCCAGCCUACAGAGUCAUCAGCGAGUUCACACUGGAGAGAAGCCAUUCACCUGCUCAGUCUGUGGGAAGAGAUUCACUCGGUCAUCCCACCUACAGAGACAUCAGCGAGUUCACACUGGAGAGAAGCCAUUCACCUGCUCAGUCUUCUGUGAGAAGAGAUUCACUCACUCUUCCACCCUAUGGAAACAUCAGCGAGUUCACACUGGGGAGAAGCCAUUCACCUGCUCAGAAUGUGGGAAGGGAUUCACUGAGUCGUCCACUCUACUGGUACAUCAGCGAGUUCACACUGGGGAGAGGCCAUUCACCUGCUCAGUCUGUGAGAAGAGAUUCACUCGGUUAUCCCACCUCCAGAGUCAUCAGCGAGUUCACACUGGGGAGAGGCCGUUCUCCUGCUCAGAAUGUGGGAAGAGAUUCACUGAGUUAUCCAACCUACAGAGUCAUCAGCGAGUUCACACUGGGGAGAAGCCAUUCACCUGCUCAGAAUGUGGGAAGAGAUUCACUGAGUUAUCCAACCUACAAAGUCAUCAGCGAGUUCACACUGGGGAGAGGCCGUUCUCCUGCUCUGAAUGUGGGAAAGGAUUCACUGAGUUAUCCACCCUACAGAGACAUCAGCAAGUUCACACUGGGGAGAAGCCAUUCACCUGCUCAGUAUGUGGUAAGAGAUUCACUCAGUUAUCCACCCUGCAGAGUCACCAGCGAGUUCACACUGGGGAGAAACCGUUCCCGUGCUCAGAGUGUGGGAAGAGAUUCACUCAGUCAUCCACACUACAGAGACACCAGCGAGUUCACACUGGGGAGAAGCCAUUCACCUGCUCAGUCUGUGGGAAGAGAUUCACUGAUUCAUCCACCCUACAGAGACACCAGCAAAUUCACACUGGGGAGAAGCCGUUCACCUGCUCAGUCUGUGGGAAGGGAUUCACUCAGUCAUCCACCCUACAGAAUCACCAGCGAGUUCACACUGGGGAGAGGCCAUUCACCUGCUCAGUCUGUAGGAAGAGAUUCACUCAUUUAUCCAGCCUACAGAGACAUCUGCAAAUUCACACUGGGGAGAAGCCGUUCAGCUGCUCAGUCUGUGGGAAAGGAUUCACUCAGUCAUCCACCCUACAGAGUCACCAGCGAGUUCACACUGGGGAGAAGCCGUUCACCUGCUUAGACUGUGGGAAGGGAUUCAUUUAUUUAUCCAGCCUACAGAGACAUCAGCGUGUUCACACUGAGGAGAAGCCGUUCACCUGCUCAGAAUGUGGGAUAGCAUUCACUCAGUCAUCCCAACUACUGGCACACCAGUCAGUUCACAAUGGAGUGGCCGUUGUAAUGAAUCCCUAGGUUUCGUUUGCUGAAGGCUAUUUUAAGAGAGAGAUUAAGGUGAUUCAGUCUGACUUGCAGCUUGUUUAGUUUUAACCGAGGACACAGACACCCAGAGUCAGACAGAGAUGAAGGAGGUAAAAUGGAAAGAAUCGAAACCAGGGAACUAAUGGCCAAGGGACACCGUUUGGAACUUUCCUAUACCCACAAGGGUGGAUUAAUCAUCGAUUCACCGUACAUCGAAUGUGUGGUGGUCACCUUGUUUGAUCCAUAGGAGUGGCUCUGAUUUGGGGAUCCUGUGAAGACUGCUGAUGUGUUAACCCUUGCCUGGGUGUGGUGUGGUAAUUCACUUGAAGAUGAUACCCCUUGUGACAAGUCACUUUGGGUGAUAAUUAGUAUGUGAGAUUUUGGAAUGACGACAGAUAAAAUCUACAGCAACUGUUCUCUCAUUUUACCACUGUGGAACCUGAGGAAUUUGACAUAAUUGCAUUCUCUCAACAUUUACCCUGGAUUACAAAUAUCUCUCUCAUCACCUAUUCUGUGGAUGAAGUGAAGUUUCCUACUUUACCAUCUCAAGAUUCUAAGCCUUGAUUCCUCCGAGCUCAAUAGUUUGGGCAACACACAAAAUGCCGGUGGAACACAGCAGGCCAGGCAGCAUCUAUAGAGAGAAGCACUGUCGUUGUUUCAGGCCGAGUCCCUUCGUCAGGACUACCUGAAAGGAAAGAUAGGAAGAGAUUUGAAAGGAGGAGGGUGAGGGGGAAAUGUGAAAGAUAGAAGACCAGAGGGGGUGGGGUGAAGCUGAGAGCUGGAAAGGUGAUUGGCAAAAGGGAUACAAAACUGGAGAAGGGACAGCAUCAUGGGACGGGAGGCCUAGGGAGAAAGAAAGGGGGAGGGGAGCACCAGAGGGAGUUGGAGAACAGGCAGAGUGAUGGUUAGAAAAAGAGGGAACAAACAAUCUAAAUAUAUCACGGAUGGGGUGAGAAGGUGAGGAGUGGUGUUAACGUAAGUUAGAAAAGUCAAUAUUCAUGCCAUCAGGUUGGAGGCUACCCAGCCGAUAGAUAGGGUGUUGUUCCUCCAAACUGAGUGUGGCUUCAUCUUGACAGUUGAGUAGAGGAGGCCAUGGCCUAUUCUACUUUGAUAGUUGAUGAAGCAGCUGAUUAUGACAUAGUGAGACAGGCUGUGCUCAAAGCUUACGAUUUGGUCCCAGAAUCAUACAGGAAAAAAUUUGGAAAUUGAAGGAAAUUUGUGAAUCAGACUUAUCUGGCAUUUGCUUCUCAGAAGUCUGUGUGUUUUGACCACUGAUGCACGUAUAAAAAUAUAAGUGAUGAUUUUACAAAUAGAAGGAGUUGGUUUUAAUUGAAGAAUUCGAAAGGUGCGUCCCUGAUGACAUAAAGAGAUAUUUAGAUGAAAAGGAUGCUGCCACUUUGCAGGAGUCUGCUAGAUUAGCAGAUGAGUUUGCUUUAACUCAUAAGGUUAAGUUUACCCCGAAAAAGAGCUUCCAAAAGAAUAGCAGGAAUCACCAGUGCAAACCAGAAAUUAAAGUUUGGACUAGUGAUAAGAGUAAGGAUGAAGGGAAGCAAUUGAAGGAGAAAUAUUCUGGUCUUACUUGUUACUGUUGUAGGAAAGCUGGUUAUGUGAUGGAUAAUUGUUCUGUCCUGAAGAAUAAAAAGGUAAAGGAGGCAGUCCCAAAUGCCUGUGUUGAAGCUUCUAUAAACCCAGAGGGUUCUGAACAUUCUGUUGAGGCUCAGUUAAGGUCUGAGAGGUCUGAUUGAGUUAAGAAGGGUUCGAACAUUUGAUGUCAGAUGGGAUUGUAUUAGUAAAUGAAUCGGUACCAGUGAAAAUUCUGAAAAGAGGAUGCUGUCCAAUUUACUGGGGCUUCUCAGUCACUCAUUCUAGGAGGCUGUGGUGGCCAGCGCUAUAAUAUUUGCUGUUGUGUACUGGGGCAGCAGGCUAGGGUAGCAGACUCCAGCAGAAUCAACAAACUCAUUCAUAAGGCCAGUGAUGUUAUGGGGGUGGAACUGGGCUCUCUGACGGUGGUGUCUGAAAAGAGGAUGCUGUCCAAGUUGCAUGCCAUUUUGGACAAUGACUCCCAUCCACUCCAUAAUGUACUGGUUAGACACAGGAGUACAUUCAGCCAGAGACUCAUUCUACCGAGAUGUAACACGGUGUCAUAAGAAGUCAUUCUUACCUGCGGCCAUCAAACUUUACAACUCCUCCUCGGAGUGUCAGACACCCAGAGCCAAUAGGCUGGUCCUGGACUUAUUUCCGCUUGCAUAAUUAACUUAUUAUUAUUUAAUUAUUUAUGGUUUUAUAUUGCUAUAUUUCUUCACUAUUCUUGGUUGGUGUGGCUGUAACCAAACCCAAUUUCCCUUGGGAUCAAUAAAGUAUGUCUGUCUGUACGUUAGACAGCGUUCUAAAGUUUGGCGAUGAGACUGACACUGCUGAGGUAAAUCUUAUUAAAGGCAUUCGCGGCGGCAUAAUUUCUGUGCCAUUGCACAAGGCAACUUUACUGUCAGGGUUGGUUUCGGGACCUGUUGAGAUCGGAUUAUGCUCCAGUUUACCGGUGGAAGAUGUUACUUUGCUGUUAGGGAAUGACCUGGCAGAUGGUAAAGUUGUUCCUGCAGUGCUGUUGACAACUAAGUCAGCCACUGACGACCCACUGAUGGAUUUUAACAUU